AUGGGAAACAAGGAGGCUUUGGCCGAGUUCGUCCAACUGCCAGUCUCCAAGGAUAUGAUCGCAUACCUCGCUGCCAAGGCAUCAAACGUCAUUCGGUGCCAACAGCCACUACCCUCGCCGCCACAGACUCCUCCGGAGGGCGAUCACGAGACCGACUUCACUCGAUCCCGUGAACCCGCCAUUCCCACUCUCCUCCAGUUCAUCACAUCGAUCGUGGACCGGUCACACGUCCAGCUCCCAACACUGAUGUCGAGCUUGGUCUACCUUGACCGGUUACAGAAGACACUGCCUCCGGUGGCCAAGGGCAUGCGCUGCACUGUUCACCGCAUCUUCCUCGCGUCGCUCAUCCUGGCCGCUAAGAACCUGAAUGACUCGUCGCCGAAGAACAAGCAUUGGGCGCGCUACAGCGUGGUCCGCGGCUUCGAGAACUUUGGUUUCUCCUUGACGGAGGUCAACCUGAUGGAGAAGCAGCUACUGUUCCUGCUCGACUGGGAUCUGCGCAUCAACCCAGACGACCUGUACAAGCACCUCGAGCCCUUCCUCACCCCCAUCAUGCACAGCCACAACCGUGAGAUCGAGAUGCAGGAGAGGCAGCGAGUCAGGGAGUACAAGGAGGAGAUGAAGAGGGAGUGGCUUAGCUCGCGCACCCGCGCCUACUCGCCAUCCAUGGCUCAUCACUCUCCCGUCUACCUGUCCGAUACGACUCCUCCCACGCGCCACUUGAGCGAUUCGCCGCUCUCUUCCUCCUCGUCGUCCGGUCGCUCUUCGAGGGCCUCGGACCGAUCCGAGAACUCCUCUUACCCCCACCACUCGCGCCACCGUUCCCGCGGUCACGCACACCGCCGAACCAACACCAUCGACUACGACUCCCCCCCUUCCUCGGUACCCGGUCUGUCUCGAAGUGGGACAACGAGCUCGGUUGCGAGCUCGCGGGAGAACUCGCCGAGUAUCCCCGUGCACAGCCACGUGCGCCAUCUUCUGCCGAUCCUGGAUACCGGCAAGAAGAGGCUCAGGACCGCCGGUGGUUCAACUGGCGGCCUAUUGAGCCGGUUCUUGGCAGGGGCAAGCAAC